UUCUGAUCUAGUAUUUGGUCACAAUUAAAUCAUAGUAUUUCCUGUAAAUCCGGAAAAAAGCUUGCUGUGCACUAGUGUUUGCAAAAUCAGGAUCAAGGUGCAUGUUGCUGUUAGCAUAUUAAGCAGCAGUAAUUCAACAGCAAAAUGUCUUCGUUAUUACGGGACUGAGUCACACCCUGGACUUUCUCAUUUCUUUUCCACCCUUCCAACCACUUAUAUUUAAUUUAUGAAGGCAGCCUGGGGAAGAUCAUUCUCGUUAGUAUCUUUUGUGUAUUGUUCUGAUGGAUUAUAAAUUAUUAUUGCAGAAGAUUUGACCAGGUACUAAGCAGUCUAAUGGGAAUGACUAAAAUGAGACAGCAGGUUACCUCUUCCCCCUGCAGAUUUCAAAGGCCCUGUAUUGGUUUAUACCAGCUCAAAAUUUGGCUCUAUUAUUUUAUCUUCUGCUGAAUUAUAAUCCCACCUGCAUGCUCUAAAUCAAGGGGUUUUCAGCUUCCUGUAACUGAUUUUUUUUCUUUUUUUUUUUUUUUAAUUUUUCCUGAGAAAACUGACUUUAUUGUCUAGGUCUGUUUGCUGUUGAUUUAUUCUGGGGACACCUGAGCAUCUCUACAGUGCCUGCAGGAUCUCUGUAGAGUCCCUCUGUUGGACCUGCAAUACCACCGCAACACAUGUGGGCCACGAUACCUUGUUCUUUUGGGACCUGAACAUCAUCUGCUAUUUGCUUGUACCUUAUCUUUAGGAAAUGUCCUGCCAGAUGGGAACCACUAUUCUAUGCCACAAGGUUCAAUAUGUUUUAUUUCAGGCACUUCCUUUUUAACAUGUCAGGAAUAAUUGUCAAUUAUCUCUUCAUUUGCUUAGCAUGGCGCACGUAUUAAAGACGCUCAACAGCUGGUUCUGGUGGGAGAAUAUAUGGAUGCCUAUCAAUUGCACAUGGGAACAUUUUGUAGACCGUGAUGGACUUGUCUUUCCAAAACCACAUCAAUUAUAUGCCACAAUACCAUGUGCUUUUGUAUUGCUGAUUAUCCGAUUCUUCAGUGAAAGAUAUGUUGCUAUACCUCUAGCAAAAGCCUUAGGUAUAAAGAAUGUAAGACGUGUGAAGCCACAGCCUAAUCCUGUUUUAGAGAGUUAUUUCCGGGAGUGCUCAAAACAUCCAUCCCAAUCAGAGAUUCAAGGCCUUGCCAAAAAGUGCAACUGUACAGUCCGUUUGGUGGAAAAGUGGUUUAGGAGACGGCGAAACCUUGAGAUCCCAACAGUGCUUCGGAAAUUCCAGGAAGCUUUCUGGCGAUUUUCAUUCUAUCUUACAUCCUCCAUUGCUGGAUUUAUAUUUCUGUAUGAUAAACCUUGGUUUUACGACAUAUGGCAGACGUGGGUUGGCUAUCCGUUUCAGACUCUGCUGCCAUCCCAAUAUUGGUACUACAUGGCUGAGAUUGGUUUUUAUUGGUCUCUCUUAUUUACACUUGGGAUUGACAACAAAAGGAAGGAUUUUCUGGCUCAUGUCAUUCAUCACUUGGCAGCCAUUGGGUUGAUGAGUGGCUCUUGGUGUGGCAAUUACGUGCGUCUUGGAACGCUGGUGAUGUUUGUGCACGAUACCGCAGAUUUCUGGCUCGAGGCAGCCAAAAUGUUUAAUUACGCUCACUGGGAGAAAACAUGCAAUAUGCUCUUUAUCAUCUUUUCUAUUGCAUUCUUCAUCACGAGAAUCAUCCUGUUCCCCUUCUGGAUUCUUCGUGCCACGUUGUAUCAACCUACAUACUACUCCACAACUCCUGUUAUAGCAUAUUUUUUAUUCAAUGGACAGCUAUUGAUCCUUCAAGGCUUGCAUUUAUAUUGGGGUUACUUAAUUUUCAAGAUUUUGAGAAGGUUCCUUUGCUUAAAGGACUUGAAAGAUGACCGGAGCGAUGAAGAGGAGGAAGAUUCUGUUACAGAUAAUGAAGAGGAGUCCACAAAAAAUGGCAACAAGAACGGCUGUGGGUCAAGCAAACAUCUCCUGAACAGCAGUCACCACUAGCUCCCUCCUGCCUUACCUCCUGCAGGGAUUUCUGCUCUGUUUUUAACCCAACCUACAGGAUAGAAUUUAAGUCAAAAGGCUUAUGAGAGACUGUGAUUGAUUUAUUGUUGGCUACUGGACCUGGAAAAAAGCCCAGUUUAGAGGGGAGGGAAAAGCUGCAUAACUUGACAAAAUGUGUUAAUGACCCACUUUCUGAAUCGUUGCUAAGUGUUUGGAAAGGUGUGUUUGGACACACUGACUGUUCCACUCUGACAGUGCUCAACAAGGUCAAAGCUCAAGGGCAUCAGAUCUUUUAGCGUCCUAUUGAUUCUAACGUUGGUUUUCAUUCCGAUACAAGGUAGGUUUCACCAGGCAGUUUAAUUCACAGAUGUCUCGUGGUAGGUAGGUAGGUAGGUGGUGUGAACUCCAUUAGGAACCAAAAUUACUCAAUGUGGGAAAAACUUGACGAUGGUGUGCAGUGACUGGCAUUUUAGUCUUUACUUGUCAGUUUAAACCCUCACCAAAAUGGCUAUUUUUUGUGGGUUAGAUCUCAUUUCCUGGAGGCCAGUGAAAGCUAACUCGGAGGAAGUCAAAUUAUUUGCUUGUGAAGAGCCCACUUCACUGCAGAAGUAUAGUCUUUCUCCAAGAUAUGCUGUAUGAUAGCUCAAAUACUGUGUUUUAAGAUUUACCUAUCAAAAAAGUCACUUUUACAAUAGCAAAACUCAGCCCCAGUUCCCCAUUGAGCACCAGGUUUCACAAAUAUCUUUCAUCUCAGUCAUUUUGGCCCAGUGUUAGAAGAGAAGAUGCAGUGGGGAGGGAAGAUAGCGAAUGAAAAUUGGGUCUUCUCACAAGUUCUUUUGCCCUUUUUUUUUGUCUUCAAAACUGCUGAACACCUCCUGCUCCUGACACACCUACAGCCCAGGAGAUUAAAAAUACCUCUCAUCCAUUCCCUUCUCGUGAGCUUGUCUCACGCAGCGGCACUGGAUGACCGGCUGCUCAGGAGCCAGUCUGCUAAAUUCUGGUUUGUGGUUCCCGUGCGUGUUCGCUGCAGGUAGCUGGGCAGCGGGGGAGCGUGGGGCUAGCAAGGAAUGUCACAUCCCCAGGGCUGUGUAGUCAUUUGACGUCAGGGUCUGUAUUUCCAUCUCUGCUCUUCUUGAAAAUUGGGAAUAACAUCAGCUGGAGCCAAACUUGCCUGUGAGUGUGUGACUUAGGCCACAUACCGUUGUUUAUGCUGCAAGAAGUGGAGGAACAGUGGAUGUUUUAUCAGCUCCUCUUACCAAAAGUGCCUCUACCCUACGUUUGCAUUGUUGUUCUAACAGCAGUACAGACUGCAGCAGCGUUUUCAGUCCUGGGGCUUUCCGAGGAGAGCCCAGGCCUUCUAAACAGGGUGGUACCAGUCUCAUUUCAUUUAGCAUUACCAUGCAUUUAGCUCGAAAGGUCAUAAAUGAUUUGUGUCAUAAGUUUUAGAGGUGAGAGGCUCUCCACGUGGUUCUACAGUAGCUGAGAUCAUCUGGUGAACUAAAUCCAGUAGCUCGAUAGAGACCGGGGGACUGCUGCUAAAACAGCCUCGGUGCAGAGCCUUUGGUCGGGAAAGGCUCUUUUCCCCUUAAGGCUGCUCCAGCAGGAACUCGGCGACACACGGGAAGCACUAUAUGGCUGACUUGUUUUCUCAAGAUUUUCUUGGCAAAGGGGGAUAUAAUUCAGUGGAAGAAUAGGAAAUGUUUGGGAUCUCAGAUAUGAAGAGUGAAGUGUUUUCUGUGCAGUUACAAGAAACCGUAGGAGUACUUUGUUACCCAGGCUGGUAGCGUGAAAAUACCUACAUACGGUCUGUUGAACUAGGAUGUGCUUAAUUUUUAUCUAUAUUUUGGACCUUGUAAUAUCCUGAAUGGUUGCAUUUUACUACAAGGAGAAUUACACCGAGAAAGGAGUACAGCCUACAGCUUCUGAGCGGGAUGGGAAGCGUACAGUGGUGGGACUGGACUCCUGAAGUAGUGCUGCCGGGGCUGAGUGGGCAGAAUUCCCUCAGUAGUUGCUGUAGGGCAGCGUGCGUCCUUACAUCGCUGUGGAGAAUACCUUAAAUACUGCAGCGUGGGUUUAUUGGAAGUGUAAGUACUUAUUACAUCACCUAAAGCAACUGGUGAGCUUGGCAGGGUCAUGGUUGCUUAUCGGGGCCUGUUUAUUGCCUACAUGAAAAGAACUGGCUUUUCCUAACAAAAUGUAGAAACCCGACGUCUUGGAGGCUUUACACUCCCUUUGAGAGCAGUGGAGACAAGGAUGCUUCCUACAAGACAUAACGGGGGUUUGGGAGAUGGCCAGGGUAUUGUCGUUUGGUUUUGGUGCCAGAAAGCUUUCCUGCUAUGACUAGGAGAGGAAUUCAGCAAAGGAAACAAAGAGCGAUGUUGUCACAGGAGCGAGCCUCUGAACAACUACUGAGUUUUAAACUGGAAUUUAUAGUCUCGUUGAGGCCAAAUCCUGCCCUUCCUGCUCGGACAAGUCUCCCACUGAAGCCAAUUAACUCGAUUGGAGCUUUGCCUAGGAAAAAUGUUGGAGCGCAGUAUCCAACCUGAUUACAAGACCUGUUGUUUUAAAUCGAUGUGAAACGAGGGUCUUAAAGGAAGAGUAAAAGACAGACAAAUACAUUCAAACGUAAAAAGUUGAGGCAAAUUUUGGGCGAGUACAGAAGAAUAUAGAAGAAAAUAAUGUCCUGAAGGUGAAGAUUAAGUCUAAGCACAGUAAACAACCGAACCAGUAGGUCACAGUGCAGUGAGGGGGGGGAAGGAAAGCAGGCCGUGGGAGGCCCUUCCGGGGUGUUGCUGUCACGGCCAACCAGAGCGAUGAGACCUAAAAAUUCUGAAUGUAAACCACGAGGCACUGGAGAUAGACACCCAAAGCACAGAAAGAAGCGGGAACAGAUUGUCACAGUGGGACUGAACACGUGUCCUGCGUUAACAUCAGAUUUGUCAUUCCUGAAGUUACAUGUGUUUCAUCGUCCACUUCUUACUGAUGGAAACUGGGAAACAAGAAGCCGAGGUCAUGGGGAACACGAUUCAUGUGUGUUAAUGAUAAAUUAACUAAAGAAAUUAAUGUCAUGGUGCUUCAAGAUUUUGAGUCUAUUUGGUAAGGGCACUUUUUUUUAAUGUUAUUGUGAAAAGAGUCUCAGAAUGCCAGGGCAGAACAAUUGUAGGCCAUGUAUACGAGCCCAGCUGACGGACUCUGAUGCAUUAUUUUCACCAUUUCACAAAAUGGGUCCUGGUUUCAUGCUUGGACACUGUGCAUCUGGUUUUGCUAUGUCACUUUGAUCAUGGCAAAUUAUUUAUGACAGAAUUGCAGAAUGAAAAUGAAAUCUUAGUCCAUUAGAAUCAACGGAAACUCUUCUGUUCCAUUUAAUUUCUCUGGAUUUUGUUCAGGUCCUCCUGUCCGUGUAUCCUCUGCUGCCUCUGUACUUGGUUACCACAUAGAUUUACCCCUCUACUCUGGAUUUGAUUUACAGAUCUCCUCUACUCCACAGAACUCAUUUUGCCAAUUUGUAUCAUUCAGUAUAAUUACCUUUUUUUGUUCUUAAUGCCACUGGAUUUGUCUGGUCAGUUAU